AUGUGGUGCAGAGAUUUCAAAACCGGUGACAAAAAAGUAGUCAACGGUCCCUUCUGGCAUGAAGUCUUCACCGAGACUUACGAAGACCACGAUGAUGAUAUUUCCACAACAACUUCGGAACCGCUACCCUUCUUCGAAGACGACGCGUCUACAAACAAUGUGACUGCACAGCUUGGAAGCAGAGUGCAUCUGCAUUGCAGAGUCCAUGACCUGGGAGAAAAGACGAUAUCCUGGGUUCGCCGACGUGGAGAGGAGUUGCAUCUUCUAUCGUUCGGUCGUCACACUUAUUCAGCUGACUCUAGAUAUUCUUUAGCCUUCGAGCACCCAAAUGAUUGGCGAUUGCUUAUUCAGUACGUGAGUGAACGAGACGAAGGAUACUAUGAAUGUCAAAUUUCUACGCAUCCCCCUUUGGUGAGAAGGGUGCAUCUAACUGUCGUUGUGCCAAAAGUUGAGAUAGUGGAUGAGCGCGGUCGUCCCCUCCAAGAUAAAUUCUACAAGGAAGGUUCUAUAAUCGAACUGAGGUGCGUCGUCAGCGAGGUGCCCCAGCCAACUAGGCAAGUCAACUGGAAACAUGGAUCGCGAUUGUUGAACUACGACACGAAGAGAGGAGGCGUGAGGUAA